UUCAAGCUUCCGGUCUGCGCCUCUCCGAUCGCUGUUCUAGGUUCCUUUUAAAUUUUCGUCUUUUUAAGUUUAAGCAACUUUUACAGCUUAAAUUGUUUUCCAGAUUUUUUAAAACUUUUAAUCAUUGAAUAUAUAAGAGUUCCACCAUGAGUUCUGAUCAUGAAAGUGAACCUGAACAGUUCCGAAAGCUCUUUAUUGGUGGUUUAAAUUACAAAACAACUGAAGAAUCUCUCAAAUCCCAUUUUGAAAAAUGGGGAGAAAUAGUAGAUUGUGUAGUAAUGCGAGAUCCCCACACACGAAGAUCUCGUGGCUUUGGCUUUGUAACCUUCAAGAGAGCCCAUAUGGUUGAUGAUGCUCAGGCAGCUAGGCCUCAUGAAGUUGAUGGACGUGAAGUAGAACCUAAGAGAGCUGUUCCAAGAGAGGAUUCUGGUAAGCCUGAAGCUCAAAUAACUGUUAAGAAAUUAUUUGUUGGAGCUUUAAAAGAUGAUGUAAAAGAAAAUGAUUUAAAAGAUUACUUCAGUGCUUAUGGAAAUGUUGUAAAUGUCAGCAUUGUGACUGAUAAAGCCACAGGAAAAGUAAGAGGAUUUGCUUUUGUUGAGUUUGAUGACUACGAUCCUGUUGAUAAAGUUGUGCUGAGGAAACAUACUAUCAAUGGCAAAAAAGCUGAAGUUAAGAAAGCAUUAUCUCGACAAGAAAUGGAUAAUAUUAAAAGGAGCAAGGAGAUGAAGUCUUUUGGACGAGGUGGAAGUGGAGGAAGUUAUGGUGGUGGCGGCUAUGGUGGAGAUGGCUAUGGAUAUGGUGGCCCAAGUGCCUGGGGUGAUGGAGGUGGAUAUGGUAACGGCUAUGGUGAUUCUGGCUAUGGAUCAGGUGGAGGUGGUGGUUGGGGAGGAGAUUAUGGAUCAAGCUAUGGAGGUGGCCCUGUAAGAGGUGGAGGGUAUUCUCAGAGAAGUCAAGGUCCGUAUGGAGGUGGGGGUUAUUCUAGUGGGAGAAGUAGUGGUGGAUAUGGUGGUUACGGACGAUAACUUGAUUCCUUCAGUCUUGGGGAUGUUUUAAACUGUCAUAGCCAGCUCCCGCAGUAUAAGCCAAUACACACUAGGUGAUAGCUGUUAGAAGACAGGUCGUGAAAGAAUUGAAGUGAUAGUUUGAGGAGCACAGGAUUGAGGCAUCAGCUAGGUCAGCUUUAGCUCAUCAGUACCAGAUGCAGAGA